AUGUUAACUCAAUCCUGCAAAUGUGACCUAAAGGAUUGCUCAUGUUGCAAAGACUGCUUUAACUGCCUCAGUUAUUUAUACAGUGAGUGCUGCAGUUGUGUUGAUAUGUGCCCUAAACCUAAUGACACACAAACAGAGUUGUCUAAAUCAUCCCAUGUGGAAGAGCUUGCUGAUGGAGUGCCUGGAUUAUUUACUGCUUUGACCAGUGAACCUGAUCCACAACAAAGAUGGUUAUCUAUCACAUACCCAGUUGAUAUAGACCUCUCUGCAUAUAGACCAGGAAACCCAGAGAGACAAUUGGUGUAUCAUUUACAGAGCGUGGAGCAGGAAUCCGAGCCAGUGAGCCGCGACGUGGUCACCUUCAACUGCACCGUUGCGUACAUGUCGCAGUGCAUGUCGUGCGACAAGUGCCGCGCCUCGUGCAGAUCGAUGGGCUCAAACAGCUUCAGAUGGUUCCACGACGGCUGCUGCGAGUGCAUCGGCGAGAAGUGCCUGUAUUACGGAAUCAACGAGAGCAGGUGUUUAUCUUGUCCUGGUGGUAAGGAGACUGCGGUCAACUCCCUGGAAGAUGACCUGAACUAUGAUGAUUUAGACUAUGGGGAGGAUGUUGACGCUCAAUCUGUA